AUGGAUGAUUUCGUCACUGCGCGGGUGGCUCAACAUUGUGCUGAGGAAGGCCAGAUUACGACCGUGGUGGUGUAUUUUGCUGGCCAUGGGGUUGAGAAUGCAGCAGGGCAGUUGAAUGUGUGCCUAUCUGAUGUCGGGCACUCCAGCAACAACGCUUCACAUGGGUUUAUGUCUGCGAAAACUCUCACCGAUAAUCUCGUUGCGAAAAUCUCCAAAAAGGCUGGCUCUUCCAAAGGCUUGGCAUGUCUUGCCUUUUGGGAUUGCUGUCGCAUGUACACACCGCAGCUGCCACACAAGCCACCAAAUCCCGUCCGUAAUAAGCUUCAGCUUCAGCAUGCCGAGAUCAGGUCCUGUAAGUCAGGACAAGCAGCCCGGGAUGGAGUUUUUGCUUCUGCACUUUGCCGCUAUGUCGAACGAAACGAUUGCUAUCAGCUCAAAGAGCUUUACGAGCUAGUGAACGCCGAUGUAGAAAAAGCAACCUAUCGGUAUCAGACGUGUUCUUUCAUCUGCGAAUCCACCGAGCUUUCCCUGCGUGCAGACCUCUUCGUGACACCAGCGAAGUGGGCUGAGUGCUGUUUUAAGCUGGAGGAGUUGAAACCUGACGAGGUAGGCGAAGUUCCGAAUGAGACCGCGUUCUUCACAGAAAACUUGGAGCUCAAGGAACAGACACAAAGGCUGCAGGACGAGAAGAACCAAAUGCAGCAGAUGCAGACGUUUCUGGUAAAGGAGGACGAUCGAGUUCGAUUUGGUUCGACGGCUGGAAAAUGGGGACACAUAGUCUUCGUGCCUGCACAGCUGUGUUGCCUGUAUUGUACCUUUCGAUCGCUACUGUUGCCACUUGUAGUUGAAGUUGCUGUGCAACAAUGCGAGAAAGAUUUACGCAAAAUCCAAUCUUCUCAAGCUCUCUUGUCGAUCUGGCAUGGACUUCUCGUUGGCGGCACCACAAUUGCCAUUGCAUGCGCUUGGAGCCUACGGAUGAAGAAUACUACUCUGGCUUCACGGAAUCAAGUGCUGAGUCAGGACGUCAGCAAACUGCAUGAAGAUCUACAGCAGUCGGAAAGGAGAUUGCAGGAAAUCCACCAAACAGUACAUCAGCUUCGUCAGCAUGUGCAGCGGGCGGAACAGGCAUGUCGAGAGGCUCAACAAGCAGAGCGACAAGAACACAGCAAGCGGAAAGCUGCGGAGCAAGCAGAGCGACAAGAACACAGCAAGCGGAAAGCUGCGGAGCAAGAACUGGAGGUCGUCCAAGAUGCACGUCGACGUGCUGCUAAUUAUCGCAGAGCAAAUGUUGUCCGUCGCAAAGAAGUCUACUUUUCAGGAAUCUUCACCAACUGUUGUUUAUGUGGGAAAGAGGGAAUCGGCAAAGAAUACCAUUGGAGGUCGAAGGAAAAUUCGAACUGCUCAUUCUGCUGCGCGUGCAUCGACGAUGAGUUGGAGUGA